CGGACCUCUAGAGCGAAACCCGGAAGCGCCGGGCGGCCGGGUGGCCGGGGUCGUGGGUCGGAGGUCGCGGGUCGCGAGGCGGCAUGGCGGCGCUGCGGCGGAACGUGUUUGUUGAAAAAGUACUGAAGAGACUGUAUGCGAAAUCUUCCUGUGACCAAGGCAAGAAGGCCCUAAAGACUCCUGCCUCCGUGGGGCCUCCAGAGAAAGCCGCACCUGAGAACGUAGCCUGCCAGAGCGUCCCCCCUCAGGCAGACGAGGGUGCUGCAGGUGAGAGGGUGACAGACCCAGAUGUUCUUGCACUUGGAGGAUCCCUGGAUUGCAAGCAGCCAGGUGGCGGCACAGCCCCCGCUCCUGAGCGGCGCCUGUACACAGUGAGCCUUCCCCCUGACGGCCUCCUCCCGGUGUGGCCGGGGCUGCCCUGGGACACAGCCUCCCCGAGCUCCUCCAGCACUGAGGCCGAAGCCGAAGCAGAUGAGGAGCUUCAUGAUCAACCAAAGAGAAGAAGAAUUAGAAAGCGUAAGUCAAAGAAAACAUAUAGAAACCUCAGUGACAUUCCUGCAGAAAAAGCAGAAUUGGAGAAACAGCAAGAAGGUCUUUCAUGGAAAACACUGCAGCCAUGCCACACAGAGGGCCCGGCCCUGAGCAAAAACAAGAAAAGGAAACUGAAAAAGAAACAGCAAAUUAAAAGGAAGAAAGCCGCAGGCUUACUUAGAAAGAGUUCUGGCAUGAACUUCCUGUACCAGCCUGAAGAGGGAAGCAGUGAGCCAGGGGAUGAGGAUGAAGAGGCGAGGCCAGACCUGCAGCUGGAAGCGGGCCCAGAGGCCCAGGAGCCGGGGGCAGCCCCGGAGCCAGAAGUAGACCCUGACGCCCCUGAGGAAGGAGGCAGCAGGACUGAUAAAAGGGUAGACGACAUCCUAACAUUCUUGAAGUCAACACAAGAACUUUACUUUUAUGAUGGUGCCACCGAGGAUCCGGAGUUGUCUGUUUCAAUGGAAUCGGCUGAGCAACUUCUCAAGCACCUUGAAACCCAUGGUCUGCCCUGCUCGGACAUCCUCAUUCUGGAUCACAUGAAAACACUGUUAUUUUUGGAAGACACUCUGAGAUUGAAGCAUGCCCUGGAAGUGUUCCCGGAGCACUGCCUGAUGCCUCCAGACCAUGCCAGAGUCAUCUCAGCUUUCUUUACUUACUGGAUCACACAUAUCCUUCCUGAAAAACAAACAAGCAGUAAUAACAGCGGAACAGCUACUGAAGAAGAGCUAAUAUCUAACACGGAACAGAGGACACAGACAUGAGGGCUGUGGUUUCUGCAUUUGCCUCUUAACGACUGGCAGCUCCAAGUGGCCCCAAGCUGUAGUUCCUCCCUCACUUGGCCAAUAGGCUGCAUGUAAAAGGCUGAAGAUUUUGCAGCAAGCAGUGAGAGGCCCUUUCUUUUCAUUAUUUUUUUGAAAUAAUAAAAAGCAGCAUCACUGUGCUGCUCUGUCUGCCUCCUGGGAGCUGUGUGGCCCUGGCCCUUCAGGCAGCUCAAAUUCUCUGAGCCCAGAACAGUGUCUGGGAAUCAAGGUACUGGCCUGCGUGUACCGAGAGAGCAUCCUUGUUCAGCCCUAGAAAGUGACUUUGGAACCUUGGGUGGCCCUGAAUGUCCCUCAGGGACAUUCAGAGAAUCCUGGUGCCUAGGCAGAGUUCCGAGAAGCUGCGAGCCAUGUGUGGUGUGAGAGGCCAGCGUUCUGCCCUGCAAGGUUAGGGUAGCAAGGACUAAAGACUUCAGGCCCCUUCAAAAGAAGACACAAGGACUGGGUCUCAAGCCAGAAGGAUGGAUUCCUGAAGAGACAGGAUCAGAGACACUUGCGUGGUCAGAACAUGAAGGCAUGCACAGCCCUGCGUGGUGGGGACACAGAUACCCACACACACUGCUGCACCUGUGUGCCUUCAGCAAGCAGAGGCGCCUUCCAGACCGGCUCCUUAUCUGGGCCACAGAUCAGUGGGGUGUCUUCUCUCCUUCCCGGUGAGCACUGUGCCUCCAGAGAAUCCCAGGGAUGAGGUGGUUUCCAAUGAGCAGGCAGGGAGCCCCUCACUUCCUUCUGCCUAGGAAUCAGUUCCAGUUAGGAGCUGACCAGUUGACAUGUGUCUUGGAGAGAUGCCUCCUCCGCAGUGUCCCCUUCUGAACUCAAGGACUUCUUUGGCCAGAGCAGGGCAAGCUGCUGCUGCUGUGCCUGUUGACCGUUGCCAUUUUCCCUGUUCUUCACUCUCAGCAUCUGGCACCUGAGCUCUCUGGGAGGUAAACCAUGGAGAGAACAAAAUCCCCUUUUUCCUGCUCUACACUGACAACUUGAGCUGAACCAGUGCCUGAAUUUUAAAUUCAAAAUAGUCCACACUGAUUGCAUCAUCUCCUUUAACCUAAUGAAAAUAGCAGUUUUGUUCUGAACCUUGUUAUUGAAAAGACUAUGUGACAAAAUUUUAUAUAUAUAUAUGUAUUUUUUUUUUCCUAAAACCAAUGUGCUGAGUGGGGACAGAAACUCAAAUUAUAGAGUGCAGGAGUAAACUCUUCUAUUUAGCCAAAAUUAUGUUGCUCCAUCUUUUAAAUGGGCCUAGAAGUGGGAUUCUACAUCUAUUUCCAAAUCUUGCUUUCUGCUCUCUCCUGGGAAAACACAUUCCAGUGUUUUAAUUUGAGAUCUAUUCAUCACGAAUAAGCACAUUUAGUCUUUUUGCAGUUUCAACCACCUCCUCUUUACCAAGUAAGAUUAGUGUUGCAAGCAGAUAAGUGGGGGGCCCUGGCAAUAUGCUUUGGGGAAAUAAAAGAGCUUAAGAAGAGGGGCUAGAACAAUAGUGCAGCAGAUAGGGUGCCGUACUAUUACUGUUCAGCAAUAGUACAGGCCGACCCAGAUUUGAUCCCCAGCACUACAUAUGGUCCCUGAGCACAGUGCCAGGAAUAAGUCCUGAGCAUUGCUGGUGUAGCCCCCCAAAACCAUUUUAAAAAAAUGCCUAUCCCUGAAGUGGCCCUCAGGCUUUAAAAACAAAUCCCUUUGAGAUGCAAAUCAUAAACUCUUUGGUGAGGAGAAGCUGAGGCCUCACCCUGAGAAAGAUGGACACCUCAGGAAAGGAGAAGCUCCAGGACCCUCUGCAGGUCAUGCUGAGAAUGUGAAAGGACCAUUGAGUGUCCAAGGCUUUCCUGGUGGCAAUGUCCAGAUUAACCUUUAGAGAACUUCAGGCCAAGACGAUAUUGGAAAAAGUGUUUAUUACCUCCCAAGAGCUAUUCUGGACUUAAUCCAGAAUAAGGAUUUCUUUUUUUUUUUUUUUUUUUUUUUUUUUUUUUUUUGCUUUUUGGAUCACACCCGGUGAUGCGCAGGGGUUACUCCUGGCUUUGCACUCAGGAAUUAGCCCUGGCGCUGCUCAGGGGACCAUAUGGGAUGCUGGGAAUCAAACCCGGCUCGGCCGCGUGCAAGGCAAACACCCUACCCGCUGUGCUAUCACUCCAGCCCUCAGAAUAAGGAUUUCUUAUUCUGGAUAAGAAUAAGGAGAUUUCUCCAAAAUCUCCACUUUGGAGAAGCUCAUGUUGUCGAACAUGUAUCUCUCUCCCCCUUUACAUCUCUCUCUAAACUUCUUUCAAUAAAAACUAUUUUGCUUCAC